GAUUUGGAAAUAGCCAAAAUUCGCAAACUUCCUGCUAACGACCAAACUCGCGGCAUGGAAAUAGUAAAAAGAAAUCGCGUAAAAUUUUUGGAAAUUUUUCGCGAAAAAGAUUAUCCCGAAAUUGUAGCUUUGGAGGGUCAAAAUCGCCAAUUAACCGCUUCUUUAUCUGACGGGCGAUUAGUUAGUAUUCCUGCCGUUUGGUUUAAGAAGUUGCGUGAGGCGACGGACGAACAAUUAAAUAAUUUUGAAAUCUUGCCCGAUGGUUAUGGUGUUACUUGGUCGCAAUUGGACGAGGAUAUAAGUUAUUCUCGUUUAUAUAUGCGUAAACUCCGAGCAACAAAAAAAGGUUUAACAAGUAAAACCCCAGAGUUAAACCCUGUUAAACCCAUUAAUGUUAAACCGCAAGUUAAACCCGAACCAUGCCCUCAUUGCCGCACCUUGGCCGAAGACCAACAAGCCUACGAAAAUUUACAACACCAAAUAGAAGCGGCCAAAGAAAAACAACGGGAACAAUGA